CAAAAUAUAUAUGAUGAGGCCAUUAGAAAAACCAAAAAUAAUGAUGAAGUGAGGAAAAAUACUGUAGAAAUCAAAGGAACCAUGGAAAUAGAGUUAAAUAGGGCCAAAAUGGUUAUAUACCACUGUUUACCGAAAUAUAUAUCAAUCUACUACUGUUUCAGAAAUAUGUAGGGAUCUACAACUUUUUGAGUACUCGAGUUUGGCAAACUCGAGUUUUUCAUGGUACUUGAGUUCCAUAAACUCGAAUUCUUUAAAAAAAUAUCCUUCAAAUUAGCCAAAAUUUUUUUUGAUGAAACUCGAAUACCAUGGAAAACUUAAGGCCUCAAAAAAUAAUAAAUUCCUAUAUAUUUCCAAAACCGUAUUAGAACAAUAUAUAUUUUGUUAAGUGUCAUUGUGUCAUUUUUAGAUAAAGAAUUGACUGGGCUGUGGAGCAUGUGGCCCAAACUUUCAAAAUGGUGACUAGGAUAGUGUAGCUGUAGUAUGCUGAACACUAGUACACAAACUUUCAAAAAAAACAAACAAAAGCAAAAGCAUGAGAGAGGGUUAAAAGAAGCAAGAAAAGAAGAAGAAACGGCGGAGAGAGACCCUAAAAAUUAAACUAAAAUUAAAUUCUGUUGAAUGAAAAUGGCUGCUCCAUCUCCAUCUCCUCCUCCUCCUAAUGAUCCUCUUAUUUUUGGGUCCUCAUCCUCAUCCUCAAAUCAAAGUGCCAAACUGAUUCCCAAAAGAAAAAGGCAUCAGCAAAUGGAUCAGAAACAGAAUAUUAUAGAUGUUGUCGAAGUUAACGAUGAUGAUGAUGAUGAUGUUGUUGUUUUGAAAACAACGACCUCGGACAAAGGCGUUAAGGGAACCAACAAGUUCAACGCUAUCUCUGUUGAACGCUACUCUGAGAACAGAGACCUUCAACUUGCUAUCAUGGCUUCUCUGCUCCAAUCAUCACCUAAUUCUCAAUCCUUCAUCAACCUCGAUGAUCAUCGUGAUGAUGGUGAUGAUGAACUCCGAGUUCUUAUGUUCAAACCCAAAAUUCAAAACUGGCGAAGAACAACUUCUUCUGGUCCUCUUUUGGAAACUGGGCAGUCUUCUUCUUCAAAACCCAGCAAUCAAAAUGGCUCCGUUGAGUUUAUCUGUGAAAUUUGCACGGAAACCAAGAGUGGGAAUGAGAGUUUUAGCAUCAAGGGUUGUGAUCAUGCGUAUUGUACAGAGUGUAUGGCCAUGUACGUGGCUUCCAAGCUUCAAGACAAUAUUACCUCUAUACGUUGUCCUGUACCAGAAUGUGUAGAAGGAUUGUUGGAGCCAGAGCAGUGUCGUUCUAUUCUCCCCAAGGAUGUUUUUGACAGGUGGGGUAACGCUUUGUGUGAGGCUCUUAUUCCUGGUUCACAAAAGUUUUAUUGUCCCUUUAAGGAUUGCUCGGCUUUGUUGCUUGAUGACACCAGUGAGAGUGGAGAAAGCAUAAGGGAGUCUCAAUGUCCCAAUUGUUUGAGAAUGUUUUGUGCACAGUGUAAGGUUCCUUGGCAUUCAGGGAUUGACUGUGCCCAGUUCCAGAAAUUGCAUCAGAAUGAGAGAGAAAGGGAGGAUAUCAUGUUAUUGAACCUUGCCCAGAACAAGAGUUGGAGUAGGUGUCCAAGUUGCAGAUUCUAUGUUGAUAAAAAUCAAGGCUGCAUGUUUAUCAAAUGCAGGUGUGGAAUCGAAUUCUGUUACAGAUGUGGAACUGCAACAACUCGCUCUCAUUUUUGUUCAAAGUGUAAAUGUUAGUGGUUAGGAGACAAAUUCCACAAUGGUCUUUGUAUAGAUACAUUGGGUAUUGUCAUUUAGUGGAUGGCGAAAAGUUAGAUCUUUUUUGCCUGAAAAUAUUAUAAUUAGUUAUGCUGGAUAAUAUUUGAAUAUUAUUUAUCUUUUCUAAAGGACCUCAAAGAUGAUAUCUUGACCUUCUUGAAGGACAUCUAGAUUAUCUUACUACCAAACCAAGUAUACGAAUCUCUUUUCUUUUUUU